AAUCUAUCUUGGCCCGUCUCCGCUACACGGAAUUGAUACUCACAGUCUCGGCGACCUUCUUCAUCUGCAAUACAUCCACCAUGGGCAAGUCACCAAACGUCUACAGCUUCCCCGGCGUUGCCGAGCUGGCUCCCACUCUGCGCCAGUACGUCCUCACGCAACAAGCCGCUUCCAUUGAGCGCCACGGCACCUUCAGAGUCGCUGUUUCAGGAGGCUCCUUGCCCAAGACUCUCGCCCAGGCUCUUCUGUCCAAGGGCGAUGGCAGCCCCACCGACACCGUCGACUUCAACAAGUGGGAAAUCUUCUUCGCCGACGAGCGCUGCGUGCCGCUAGACCACGAGGACAGCAACUAUAAGCUACUCAAAGACGAGCUGUUGAACAAGAUCGACAAGGAACAAUUCGGCGAGCCCAAGGUCUACCCCAUCGAGGAGAAAUACCUCGACGACGCUCAAGAGUGCGCCGACCAGUACGAAAAGCAACUCGUUUCCGUCUUCGCCGCCCGCGACUCCGUCAAGCUUCCCCUCUUCGAUCUCAUCCUCCUCGGCUGCGGCCCCGAUGGCCACACCUGCUCGCUCUUCCCCGAGCACCCCCUUCUCCGCGAAACCGACGCUUGGGUCCUCAGCAUCUCCGACUCGCCCAAGCCCCCACCGAAGCGUAUCACCUUGAGUCUGCCCGUCGUCCUCCACGGCGCAAAGAUCGCUUUCAUCGCCACCGGUGCCGGCAAGCGCGACAUCUUCAAGAGCAUUUUCGAGACCGAGGAGGGCCGCGCCUUGCCUUGCGGUCUGGUCAACGAGGGCGCCGGAGACAAGGUCAGCUGGUUCACCGACAACGCCGCACUCGAAGGCGUCAGCGUGCCCCGCAGAGGAAGCCUGUAAUCCCUGCAUCCUUGCAUCCUUGCGUCUUAUCUGGAAACGAAACACCCAUGAAAUCGAUUUCCCUCCUCACUGGUUUGGGGGAGCUGUUUUUUAGUGCGUGUGUCGUGUGACUGGAUUCACCCAUCUCGAAUUUCGAAAUGCAGGUCAUUCAAACAAUAUGAGUACAUGGAUACUGGAAGCUUCGCGGGACGGUCAUGAUACCACCAUGUUCAGAGAAGGAAAGUUAUAGAGAAACAAAAACCACACACACACACAAAACACC